ACACACAUACAGACACAGCCAUACACGUCAUCAAACAAACAAAACAAAAGUAGAUAUUUUUAAAGACUCAAUUGUUCACUCAUGAUCUGAUCUCCAACACACACAAUAAAUGUUUCCUCAGUACCUCUGUGCUGUUCUCCUGUCUUUUACUUGAAUCCACAUCCAACACUGUCUCGUUUCUACCGCCAUUUUUAAUAAUCCUUAACUCUCUUUCUCUCUCUGUGUCUCUGAUGCCAAUGCCAUAAACAAAAAGACAAAAAAACCACAUACUCCACACACCUACAUUUCAUGGCAGCAGCAACUUCAACAACAACUACUAGUACUAAACUCAAAGCCCAAACCCAACCCACCAAGCCCAAACGCCGUAAGUACCGGGAAACCACUAUCUCAGCCUCUGCAACUACCACCACUGAAUACCCGACCCGGAAACUUGACCCGCCCACCAUUGUUUCAACUGACAAAAACAACCCCUGGUGCUGUCCAAACUCAAGACCCCCACCACCUCCACCUCCCCCAUCUCCACCUCCUCACCGUACUCCGAAUCCGAACUCGGAACCCGAGUCUUCGUCCAGCUUCAGGAUCCGAUUAUCGCCGGGUAGUCUAUCACCCGUAAUGGAUUUCACAUCCACUUCAACAACAACGAUGAACGGUCACGAUUCGUUUCCUUCAAGCUUCACCAAAUUCAACUCCGCACUCACAGCGGGUCUACUAAACCCGAUGUCACCACCUCCGCCACCCGAUAAAACCCGAUCCAGCCCGACCCUUUUCGAAAUGAUGGCCAGCGAACCCGAUAUCCAUCCCAGACCACUGUCUCAGAUCCCACAAUACCAAAACGCGACCGUUUUGGUCCCCACAAAGUCCCCAUUGCCACAGGACAAACAAGCUCUCACCUUGCAACGAAUCUCUGAAAUCUUGGCCACUCGGAGCCCCGGGAACCAGUUCAACGACUCGAACUCCAGCGACGUGAAACUCACACUGAGCUCCAAAGAUGGUGUCAGCGUGUCGAUGAAUCUCCACCGUCAGAUUCUGGUGGCGCACAGUAGGUUCUUCGCGGUCAAGCUCUCUGAGCGUGGGUCCAAGCAACAGAGUCAGAGGCCAACUGGGUCACCCUGCAUUGUUGAGAUUGCGGACUGUGAUGACGUGGAGGUCUACAUCGAGACCUUGAGGUUGAUGUACUGUAGGGAUCUCAGGAAGAAGCUCAUGAGAGAGGACGUUCCCAGAGUUCUUGGUAUCUUAAAGGUAUCAGCUGCAAUUGGGUUUGAUGCUGGCGUUUUAUCUUGUUUGGAAUACUUGGAAGCUGCACCAUGGGCUGAAGAUGAAGAAGAGAAGGUGGCUUCAUUGUUGUCUGAGCUCCGCCUUGAAGGUGUUGGAGCAGGGGAAGUUUUGAAAAGGGUUUCAAUUGAGGUUACUAGUGGAGCUGAGGAUGGCAAUGACAAUGAAGAAGUGCUGCUGAAACUCUUACAUGUAGUUCUUGAAGGGAAAGACGAGAAGGCGAGGCGAGAAAUGAAAGGAUUGGUUUCAAAGAUGCUUCAUGAGAAUUCGUCGCAGAAUGAUCUUCGUAAAGAGUCGUUGUACUCGGCUUGUGAUGGGUGUUUGCAAUUGCUUUGCCAAUAUUUUUUGCGGGCAGCAAAGUCAGACUUAAAGGAAGUGGGUCAGAUUGCGCGGCAAGCAGAUAAUUUGCAUUGGAUUUUGGAUAUUCUGAUUGAUAGGCAGAUUGCUGAAGAUUUUUUGAAAACAUGGGCAUCUCAAUCUGAAUUGGCUGGGGCACAUUCUAAAGUGCCUGCAGUUCAUAGGUUUGAGGUUAGCAGAGUUACAGCACGGCUAUUUGUUGGGAUUGGGAAGGGGCAGCUAUUGGCUUCUAAAGAUGUGAGGUGCUUGCUACUAAGGACAUGGCUAGAGCCAUUUUAUGAUGAUUUUGGGUGGAUGAGGAGAGCAACCAAGGGCCUUGAUCGGCACUUAAUUGAAGAUGGACUUAGUAACACGAUUCUCACUCUGCCUCUUGCUUGGCAGCAGGAAAUUUUGCUCACUUGGUUUAAUCGUUUCUUGAACUCUGGCGAAGAUUGUCCAAACAUACAAAGGGGUUUCGAAGUUUGGUGGAGGAGAUCUUUUUGGAGACGGAAUAGCGAGCAGGAAAGGCAACGUCCAUUACGAAUUACAACUGCUACCAUCGAGAACUGAAAGUCAAUAGUGACAUGCUAAUGGGUCUGUUUAUCUCCCAUUACCUUCUCGUGAUCACUUUGGUCAUGAUUCUUUAUUUAGGGUGAUUUUGUUCUUUUAUCUUCUUCCUUUCUAAACCAGGAUGGACAGUAUUUCAUGGAGUGAACUUUCAUAGAGGUGUAUGGUGUAUUUGCCUUGACUGAAAGUAGCCAGGUUUAGCCUGGAAGAAGAUAAAGAUCUAUGUUUGCAACUCCCACAUCUUGUUGAGAAAUAUACUAAGAAUUAGUUAUCUUGUCUAA